GGUUGGCUCACUCGAUCCUAGGUGGCGAGACAAUCGCGUUCCCGAAGAAAAAAAUGUCUGCCUGCAGUUUUUGCCGUAGAAUGAGUGGCUAGCGUGAAUUUUUAACGUCAACGUUAUUUGUCACCCUAGUCCAGCCUUCCGUUUCGCGUGAUGACGCUCACCGAAAACUCGCGGAAAAGGCAGAGGACUUGCGAAGAAGAUGGCUGUGAUUUCAUGCCGAUUUCGAAGAGAAUCAACAGUUUGAGGAUACGGGUGAAUGGAAAUGAGGCCGGUCAAGAAGAUAAUGAUACAAGUUCAUCAGCGGGAUCGUCUGCAGACAACACGGCGGCGGGAUCCUCACGUCUCAACCGACCCAGCAUCCUGAAUUCAUCCGAAAACCCGCACUACCACCAGAUCAACUGCCUUUUGUAUGAAGCGCACAUGGAGAGGCAGCAGAGGCUCGUGUCGCAGUUGCAACGUCUGUCGGAGCACUGUCCCGGCCCUAGUCCGACCUGACGGCUUUGCUAGGUGUUCCAAUUCGCAGUUCAUAGCCCCCGUUGCAGACGACGGCAUUGUUUUGACAUGGCCGCCGUUGCACUUCCCUUUGAGAUGUCUCGUUUGGUUUGAGAGAACCGCGGGGGAAUUCGGUGGGUGAUGGUGUGUGCUCUCUGAUGUGCUGCCGAAGAAAUGUCCGCAUUAGUCUCAAGUUCCAAGCAGACUUUAUGGAGUGUGUGAACAGAGUCUGGGUUUGAAGGCACAUCCAUAUUUGGAACGGGCUCUUUCUGCUCUUUUAUUUUUCUUUGGCUUCCGGAGAGCUUGUGCAGUGGGUGUGCCAUUUACCUGCUCGGCUGUCAUUUUCUAGACCAUUGUGGACUGUGGCUACGGGCUACAAAGUCCAAUUAUGUAGCUGUCUGCUCUGCAGCCAUCUUGUCUGCUUUGCAGCCAUCUUCUACUUAGCUGUCUGCUAGGUAGCCGUCUGCUAGGUAACCGUCUGCUAGGUAGCCGUCUGCUGUGUAGCUGUCUGCUCUGUAGCCGUCUGCUGUGUAGCCGUCUGCUGUGUAGCCGUCUGCUAUACUGCCGUCUGUUAUGUAGCCGUCUGCUAUGAAGACAUCUGCUAUGUAGCCGUCUGCUAUGCUGCUUUCUGUUACGUAGCUGUCUGUUAUGUAGCCGCCUGCUACGUAGCCGUCUGCUAUUUAAUCGUUUGCUAUGUAGCCGUCUGCUAUGUAGCUGUCUGCUAUGUAGCCGUCUGCUACGUAGCCGUCUGCCAUGUUGCCAUCUGCUACGUAGCCUACUACACAAAUGCCUCUUGAAGUGGUUUGCUGGAUGAACUGCUAGAACUUUAUGAGAGAGCACUUUUUAUGUUGGUCUUCUGCGAAGUUGUGACGGCCGUCUGCUGAAUCGGGACCUUCGUACGCUGCACCGCUGUGCUAGUUCCGUCGGGCAGUUGGAGACGUGCGACCGUUUUCAAACUUGCGAGGUCACUGCGCGUCCAUGUGACUCUAACAAGCAGUGGCAUGGGUAAGAUGGUACCGGUUCAUGUAAAGGUCUGUCAGCUCUUGGCUCUGCCAUUAUCUUAUUUUAUGCGUGCGCUUUCUUGCGGCCUACUUCUUGGUCGUUCCUUUCAAGUUGCACCUUCGUUAUGCCCUAGUCCCACUAGAGCAACAAGCAGCCACGACCGACAUUGACGAGCCUCAAGCAGGUGUAAUGGGCAUGUGAAGGUACUGUUGGCUGACUCGCAAUCUCUCACGCUUACGUCACAAGCCUCAAGAGAUUGCAAGCCUGCCAAAGAUACCGUCGCGUGCAUGCAGCAUGGGCCUGAGACUUGUAGGUGUCGGUAGUUGUCAUUUGUCAUUCUAGUGGGACGAGAGCAUUAUGCACACUAGACAACAGACAUGCCUGUGAGUCUGGGAACACUGUUGCUCGACAUAAGCCCCUUUGCGUGAAUUGUUCGACCAAAGUGAUAUUUCUUCCCUAGCUGUGUGUAUGUGCAGUCUUUGCAGAAGUCGCUCAUACUUCCAGACAACACUAGCGGCGAGUUGUGCAUGUUCAAACUUUAACGCGAGAUGCCACAGGGCGUUUCUGCUGCCUGGCAAUCUGAGAUGCAGCCUUUUCCAGCUUUCCCCAAAUUCUUUGUAUAUAAAGGACACCUUAAAUAUUACGGGUUUGCGAUGCAGUGGUUUUGCCGUCGUCGAGUUCGUUCUCAUUUUAUUGACACGUUUUACUGGCUUUAAACGAGCUUUCUUGGCAUGUUUUGCCAAGUAUUCCGCAACAUGUGCACUGUUUUCUCUUUUGUAGGUAUAGGCUUCCCACCUGUUUGAUUUGCACACACUUGUUUUGGAACAGAAAAUCUGUUGCGUGGUGAAGUGUGCAGAUGCGGAGUGGUCUCAGGGCCGUCGGUUAUUUAUACUUGAAUACGAAUGUACAGUCAACUGGGGUGUGGACGAUAUCAGGCAGGAAUCAACUGUCCAGGGCAGUACUGCUCCUGAAAGCUUCCCAUGCGGUAUGCACAUACAAAUAGCUUAUGACAAUGAAUGGAUGAAUAUGAGCACAUACAUGUCUGAGCACUAUUCUGGAGUAAAAAAAGAAUUCAUAUAAAUAAAAUGAUGAAUGGAGUGCAUCGAAACUUUUCUAGGCAUGUGCGAAUAGCGGUUCUUGACUUCGAAGCGAGUAGUGGUUUUGGCAGAAUAUUUUCAAAUCAAAUAUGGAAUAGUUUCUCGCAGUCUUUCUCUACCACGCACCAUGCCUGAACUAAGAUUCAGCUGAACUCGUGGAGAUUGUUUCCAGCCUUCUGCUUGUCCACUUCUAGGCUGUUAAUUUCAAUAUGACCGUACGUAUGAACUGUGGCACGUGAACGGCAGAUUUAUUGCAGCUAUCUUAAUCGAGGGGGUUUGUAAAUCUUUUUGCUAUACGCAAAUAUUCUUCCUUCUAUUUCAAAUUUAACAGAAAAAAAAUAUUAAGCACGUGUGAUAAACGCGGGCUGUCAAGAGAUCGCACCCUAACAUAUACGCUUGCAUAAUCGAUGUGGGGUGGCCCCAGUGAGUGUGCUUCUCACUGAGCAGCUGUGCACUGCGGGAAAGCAAUGCCCACGACAUCCGCGGGUAUUGUUUCCCCGCAGUACUCAGGUGCUCGGCGAAAAGCGCACUCGACGGCGCUAAACCCGCAGCGACGAAUACUUCGAAAAGUAAGAGUAUCGCAUUUGUUCUCGAGGCAAAUAUCGAAUAGCGUAUUAUUCGAAGCUACUAUUCGAACAUUCGUACAAUACUAAACUUUUCACAACGCUGUCUUUUUUUCUGUGCACAGGGAGGGUGACGGCAAAAGCUGUGUGGUCAACACUGCCACUCGCAGGUGCAUAUGCCCCAUACGCUCGAAUCUGCUUUCGGAUAUUCAACUCAAAGAAGCUUUCACGUUUUUGCUUUAUGUUGUGGCAUCUGCGAUUAUAGCAGCAACUGUUAGAAGGUUUUUGCCAUUUUCCUCCCUGUGCAUAGGAAAAAUAAUUUUUGCUUAUUUAUUUUUUCUUCCCAAAACCACCCAAGGACACCUCUGUGAAAAGUUUCAUUGCACUCAGUUCACUGGUGUAUUUAUACUAACUUUUCUUACUUCCCAAUAGCGCUUAGAAACACCUUGUAGAUGCGAGUGUGAGCUUGCAGAUAGGCACAAGUCUUGUUCGCAGGAGUAAGUAGAUGUGGACGUAUGCACAUACAAAUACGAGAAUGUGCCCGCUGGGGAGAAAUGGCGGAAACGUCGGUCGACCUCGAUGAUGACUCCAUAUAUGCGAGAGUAAACAUAUGCUCGUACGAACGAGGCUGCUUAUGGGAACAGGCGGAUCAUGUGGCUGCUGAUAGUAUACGUGCGAAAGGGCAUUGCGCGUAUCUGGUGGAAGGCUGGUGUCACGGCCAUGCUAGAGUAGUGGAGGUUUCCAGAAGUGGCCUAGAGAUGGUGCUGGCUCUGUCUGUGCCUUGAAAGUCCUGCUCCGUGUUUCUUGCAAGCACCGGGCGAACGGGCGAGAUACGUGCCACAAACGAGUGCUGAAAGAACAAUAUGGCGGCUUGAUAUCAUUGGUUUAGUGCUGUGCCUCCAAGGAAAGCACGGGGCAUGCACCCUCGCAUUAAUUUGUCUGUAGGUUGUAAGACAAAUGCAUCGAGGGUCUUUACUGUGCCUAGGUGGCACUUGCUAUUGUUAAUAACCUGGGUCAACUGGACAAAUGCAUGCUCAACUGUUCAGACGAAAUAAAGUAUCUAACAGUACCACACCUAAAGAAACUAUAUCU